GGUGAAUGAGCCCUCCAGCCCCCAGCUACCUGGGACUUCUCCGCAAACUGGGUACCGCCAGCGAGGUAGGGUCAGCUCAGCUUCAGCACUGUCUCCCCACCGGGGGCGGUGGAGGGCGCGGAUCAGCCAGCCCGGCAGGGGGCACUAUAGGGAUGUCCUGCGGGUUGGGCAUGCGCAGUGCACUGCUGGGCAGGGGGCGGGCCUCCGGAACCCGGAAGCGGAAGGCCAGUGUGGGAACCCGGGAAGGAAAUAGCUGUAGCUCAGUAGUUGGUUUCAGGGCAGUCCUGGAGUAGGUAGCCGGGGCUGUCUGUCCUUGUCUGAAGGAACAGAGUGAGGACAGCUGUCGGGUCCUCUUCACCUGAAUGUGAGCAUCGAGUUCCCAGCGCAGCCCGUGCUAUGGGGCUGCUCUGGACCAUCAGGGCCGCGACCCGCGGUUGCUCGGAUCGCCUCGUCGCCCGUCAUUUCUCCCAAGCGGCUCGGCGAGAGGUGCGGCCUGGUGGGGAGGAACUAAGGCGCCUGCGGCUGGAUGACUUGGCCCCGACCCCACGGCUAGAGCUGCUGUUUGGCCUGUCCCCCUGUCUCUUGGCUCUGCGGGCCGCCCGCCGCCGCGUGGCCCGGCUCCUGCUCCAGGCCGGCGGGGCUGGCCUACAGGAGGCGCGGGCCGAGCUGCUCCGGACCGCAGAGGCGCGGGACAUCCCAGUUCUUCGGCCCAGGCGGCAGAAGCUGGAUGCCCUGUGCCACUACCAGAUGCAUCAAGGCGUCUGCAUGGAGGUGACUCCUCUGCGGCCCCAGCCGUACACUGAGCCCGGGGAGGCGAGCCCAAGCGAUGACCCCCAGCAGCUGUGGCUGGUCCUUGAGGGGCUCCAGGAUCCCCGGAAUCUUGGUGCUGUGCUGCGUUCCGCUCACUUCCUCGGCGUGGACAAAAUCAUCAUCAGCCGCAGAAACAGCUGCCCGCUCACUCCAAUAGUCAGCAAGGCCAGCGCGGGGGCUAUGGAGGUGAUGGACGUGUUCUCCACCAAUGACCUGCCUGGUUUUUUACAGGCCAAAGCUGGACAGGGCUGGCUCGUAGCUGGCACGGUGGGCAGUCUGGCGCCUGAGAUUUCCCAGUCCUCCAAGAUACCUGUCACUAGUUGCUUAGAGUUCCUCUGGGACCGGCCUACUCUCCUUGUGCUGGGGAAUGAGGGCUCUGGUCUGUCCCAGGAGGUGCAGGCCUCCUGCCAGCUUCUCCUUACUGUGCUACCUGGUCGUCAGCUGCCUCCUAGACUUGAGUCUUUGAAUGUGUCUGUGGCUACAGGAAUUCUUCUUCACUCCAUUUGCAGCCAGAGGAAGGGUUUCUCUGCAGAGGAGGAAAGGGGGCAACUUCUCCAGGACCCUCCAGUGGAAGGACUCAGAUUGGCUCAACACCCAGGACUGUGUUCGGGAUCAGAAAGAGAAAGGCACAAAGAGGGCUGAGGGGCCAUCUGAGCUGUGGGGUACCCGAGUCAGGGUGGCUACAACGCCACCCGUGUGCUACAGUCUGCCUGCAUGGGGAGCUAAGGCCCUGUUUAUUGACUCCAAUGAACUGUGGGGCAGGGGACUUUGAAGUAGAGACCAGAGGAAGUUCAGCCUCCUGUUUUGAUGUUGGGCUUGCAGUUGGAGAUGGUAGUUUGCUGAUUUCCAGGGUGGGCUAGGAUGGAUGGUGUCUGGGCGCUGCCUGGAAGCCAAAGGAACUGUGCUUCAGGAGGGACCCAACCCAGGGGUCUGAUUCUGUGGUGCACCCGAGUGUGGGAAUGUUGAGAGGCCGAGGGCCUCGUGCAGGCAGACAACUGCCCCUCUGUGUCCCACAGUGCCUGUCUUUGUCCUCAUGUGCCUGGGAACCCUGGUCUGCACCUACCCCUUAGCCCUGUGAGGAUGAAAUAAAACCAUUCAACAAGA